AUGAAUAAAGACCUGCGGAGAAGGCGGUGCGAGGAGCGCGGCGGCCGGGCUGAGGCGUGCGCGCUCGCGUCCCGGAGGCGCCCGGCCGCCCCGGCCGGGGGGCAGGGGCGCGGGGAACCCGGCGGUGCGGAGGGAGGAGGAAGCGACGAGGUCAGAGGAAACCCAAGACUCCUGGGGCACCAAAGGGCUUCCCGCAGUCGGGAUGAGCCCUGGGGAGGAGCCUUUCGCGAGAACGUGAGCGCGCCCCAACACGCCUCAGACCUCAUAAACCCACUUGGCAAAGACCGGGGAAGCGGCUGGCGGACCGACUGCGGUGAACUCAAGAAAUUAACCUGCGCUGCAAUUAAACGGGCUGCCGCCCUUUCAGACUCACCUCGAGCGACCGUGAUAGCUCCCGAACCGGCCGCGGGGGGACCUGGCUCCUCCCUCCCGUCCCAGGAGAAGAGGACAAAAAGGGGAGAUGGACUUGGAGAUGGCCCCGCCCUUCAAACGCUCCAAUCCUUGGAAACUAAACCUCCUCUCCAAGCCUCCACGUCUAGAAGGGACAAAGGCAGCGAGGAGAUCCAGAGACCGAUGGGGGAGAUAGGUGGCUUUCGGGCUUCUCAAGUGGGUGCUUUGGGCGAAAGGUACAAUGGCCGAGUUUCCAUUCCAAAUACAGGAUAG